GCCCAGGGAGCGGCGCGGGGCCGCGGGGCCGGGCCCGCCCAUCCCGGCGGAAGCGGCGGUUGCCGGGGAGCGGCGGGGCCGGGCCCAGCCCAGCCCGGCCGGGAGCGCUUCUCCGCGGCCUCCCUCGAGCAACGUGUGGCAGGAUGUGUGAAGGGCCAUCCAGGAUUUCUGGACCCAUUCCUCCAGACCCAGCACUCUUUCCAGAGUAUUACAAACGACCCCUCUCAGCUCGAGGGAGGCUGGAAGGAAAUGCUGAGAAGCUCUAUUUAACCCUGGACCCAGCUGCCAGCCCCUCCCCUGCCCCGGGCAGUGCCCACCAGGCCCAGCCAGCCCCUCGCAUCCGCCCCAGCGGAAAGGGCUUCCUGGAGAGGGGACACAGAGGGACACUCGGCCUCCUGCUGCAGCUCGAAGGCAUCUCCCUUGAUGGGGGCAUGCCAGCUAAGAGGAAGGAGGCCAAGGACUACGAGAAGGAAAACGUGAGGCGGAUAAAGGAGAUUCAGAAGAAGUGCAAAGAGAAGGAGCGAGCCCAAGAGCUCAGCCAGCCCAAGCCUGUGAAAGCUCUCUGGAAAUCCCAGAAAUAUGAAAAUGUGGAGUCUAAGGUGAAGGCCAAACUGCAGGAGACCUCUCCACCUCCCAAUCCCGAGGCUGUGAAUUUCCUGAGGGCGUAUUCCCGCUGCGGCUCUGGGAUCAAGCCAUGCAGACCACUGUCCCCAAGGCCUGUCAGGGCAGGAGCAGGAGCAGACACAGAGGCUCCAGAGGCACAGGGUGCUGAAACCAAGGUGCAGGCGGAGGGCAGGAGCGUUGACUUCAUCAGGCACAACGCGUGCGCUGCGCGGCGGGCCCCGCUGCGCCGCUCGCAGUCCCUGCAGGCGCUGGCCGAGCUGCGGCAGCAGCGGCACCGCCAGCAGGAGCACUACAACGCCAGGCAGAAGGGCCACGUCCCCCAGUACCUGCUGGAGAGGAAGGAGCUGUGGCGCAAGCAGACGGAGGAGCGGCUGCGAAACCUGCCGGACCCCGACACGCCGCCCGGGCACACCAUGAUGCCCGAGGGGCAGCGCCUGGAGACCCUCAGCAACCUGAAACAGAGCCAGGAGCAGCUGAUAAAGGACCUGGUUCUGCUGCCAAUGCGUGGAGACAGCCUCAGGAUGCAGAAGAAGCGGGUGGAGCUCGAGAGGAAGCUCUCCCAGAUAGACGAGGCAAUCAAAAUUUUCUCAAGGCCAAAAGUCUUCAUCAAGUUGGACUCCUGAGCUGGUGGGGCCAGGUGUGCUGUGCUGCUCUGCCUGAACAUCCUUUGUUGCUGGGCAGGAAUGGACAUCACUUUUUGGGAGAGAAGGAGAGGAAGCCACAUUCCAGACCUGGGCCCAUGCAGGUGCCAGUAACAGUGUCCAGUACUCAGCUGGCAUCUCUUGCUCACCUUUCAGUGCUGUGUUUUGUCCACAGAAAAGGGAGGGAGAUGCCCUAAUAAAGGCCCUGCUCAGUGGUCUGGA